AACGCUUGCUCUGGCACAGGCGAUCGGGGGGUGGGCUUUAUGGUCUGGUGCUAUUGACGCUCUUGAGUGGGGUCUCGUGGCGAUGUUCAUUCAAAUCAGGAACGAUCGAACCGGCGAGCGAGAGUACGGAGGCCGAAAGUCAACCCUAUUCACUCGCUCGCAAUCUCUGCCUCGGAUAUGUAGUGGCAAUUCAACAUCCGAGACAGCACGAACGAAUGAGUGAUUUAGACCAGCAGCAAAUGUUUGGAGCGCAGCACGCGCCCACUACAUAGAUUUCAUGUUGUUAAAGUACGUUUGGAAUAUGCGACCAAGAGAAGAUGUUUUUUAGGAUGUCUUUGCGUGCUGCGUGUUUGGAGCCGAUGUGAUGCUGAGACUCUCUGCCUCCGAAACUGACUCGGGGUUUGGAAGGGAGUUUCCAAAGUUCGGCGGUGUGGCUUUGUGCAUAAAAAAAUCAUAUCCUUGGGUGUGAAUAGCUCCUUUCCUGCUAAAUUUGGAUUUUAUUUUUUCGCUUCUGUUGGAUACUCAAAAGACUUUUUGGGGAAAUUCAAAGUAUUCAUCCUAAAACAAAACACUCAAACCAAGAGCAUACAAUGACGCUCCUGAUCACCUCUAGUGCCAUACCUGUUGUUUUUGCACUCAUCUGCUCUGCUUUCGGGUCCCGCCCGCGGCUAGAGGACUCGCCCCCCAGGAUCGUGGAGCACCCCUCCGACCUCAUCGUGUCGAAGGGCGAGCCGGCCACCCUCAACUGCAAGGCGGAGGGGCGGCCCAGCCCCACGGUGGAGUGGUACAAGGACGGGGAGAGGGUGGAGACGGACCGGGAGGACCCCCGCUCCCACCGGAUGCUCCUCCCCAGCGGCUCCCUGUUCUUCCUGCGCAUCGUCCACGGCCGCAGGAGCAAGCCCGACGAGGGCGUCUACGUCUGCGUCGCCAGGAACUACCUGGGGGAGGCGGUCAGCCGCAACGCCUCGCUGGAGGUGGCCAUUCUCCGGGACGACUUCCGGCAGGCGCCCAGCGACGUGGUGGUGGCGGCGGGCGAGCCGGCCGUCAUGGAGUGCAUCCCGCCGCGCGGUCACCCCGAGCCCACCAUCUCCUGGAAGAGGAACAACGCCCGCGUCAACGACAAGGACGAGCGCAUCACCACGCGGGGUGGAAAGCUGAUGAUCUCGAACACCAGGAAGAGCGAUGCGGGGAUGUAUGUGUGCGUGGGCACCAACAUGGUGGGGGAGAGGGACAGUGACCCUGCAGAACUGGUCGUGUUUGAGCGACCGAUGUUCACGCGGAGGCCGCUAAACCAGGUGGUGCUGGUUGAGGACACGGUGGACUUCCUGUGUGAGGCACACGGAGACCCCGCCCCCACUGUGCGCUGGCGGCGAGAAGAGGGAGAGCUGCCGCGGGGGAGGUCUGAGAUCCGCAGCGACAGCACGCUGAGGCUGGUCCAGGUGCGGGCGGAGGACGAGGGCACCUACACCUGCGUGUCGGAGAACAGCGUGGGCAAGGCCGAGGCCUCGGGGACCCUGCAGGUCCGCGUUCCCCCGCAGAUCGUUGUCCGGCCCCGGGAUCAGAUUUCGGCCCAGGGGCGAACCGUCACCUUCUUGUGUGGAACCAAGGGCAACCCCCCGCCCGCAGUCUUCUGGCAGAAAGAAGGAAGUCAGAUCCUGCUGUUCCCCAGCCAGCCCCCCGCGCAGUCCGGCCGCUUCUCUGUCUCGCUGAGCGGCGAGCUGACCAUUACCGAUGUCCACGCCGAGGAUUCUGGGUACUACAUCUGCCAGGCCAUCAGCGUGGCCGGGAGCAUCCUGACCAAAGCCCUCUUAGAGGUGGAGGACGCGCCAUCUGACCGAAUCCCCCCGAUCAUCCGGCAAGGGCCGGCCAAUCAGACGCUAGCCCAGGGGGCCACCGCGCAGCUCCAGUGUCAUGUGAUGGGCAACCCUUCACCCAGCAUCCAAUGGGAGAAGGACGGCCAGAGAAUUCUGGGAAACGAUGCCCGCAUCAGCCUAAUGGAAAAUGGAACAUUGCAGAUCGCCAUCCUGCAGGAAACGGAUUCGGGGGUGUACACGUGCAUCGCCUCCAGCUCCAGUGGAGAGUCCAGCUGGAGUGGGGCUGUGACAGUGAGAGAAAGCGGGAACCCCACCGUCACCCUGGGCUCAGUCCCCCUCCAGCUCCCCGGACCCCCCCACAAGCCCAUAGUAACAGACGUCACCCUCAACAGUGUCACGCUGACCUGGCAACCCAACGCCCACGAGGGCGGGGCCGCUGUCACGUCUUACAUCAUCGAGGCUUUCAGCCAAUCAGCAGGUAGUACCUGGCAGACCGUGGCUGACCUGGUCAGAGUGGAGAAGCACACGGUCAGUGGCCUCUUCCCCAACACGGUCUACCUGUUCAUUGUUCGAGCGGUCAACGCCUACGGGCUGAGCGAUCCCAGCCCCAUCUCUGAGCCCAUCCGCACUCAAGACAUAAGCCCCACAGGACAGGGUGUGGACCACAGGCAGGUCCAAAGGGAGCUGGGAGAGGUGGCGGUUCAGCUGCAGAAGUCCGUCGUCCUGUCUGCCAGCAGUGUCCAGAUCUCCUGGAUGGUGGACCGGCAGUCCCAGUACAUCCAGGGGUACCGGGUCCUGUACCGCCCCUCUGGGGGCGCGUGGUUGGUCCAGGACGUGAAGGCCGCCCACGAACGCAGCGCGGUCCUGACCGACCUGCGCAAGGGCACCGAGUACGAGAUCAAGAUCCGCCCGUACUUCAACGAGCUGCAGGGAUUGGACAGCCUGCUGCUGCUGGCCCGCACGCCCGAGGAGGUCCCCAGUGCCCCCCCACAGGCAGUAACAGUGAUGACAGUCCAGCUCGGCAACAUCUCCAGCGUCAGCGUGUCCUGGGAGCCCCCCCCUGUGGAGGCCCAGAAUGGACUGAUCCAGGAGUACAGGAUCUGGUGCGUGGGAAACGACACGCAGCUGCUGAACCAGACGGCAGACGGUUCGGCCUCCUCCGCCACCCUGAGCGGGCUGCAGCCGUCCGUUCUGUACCAGGUGGAGGUCGCCGCGGUGACCAGCGCCGGCGUGGGCGCCCGGAGUCAGCCGGUCACGGUCUUCAUCACGCCCCCCGUGGAGCCACCCCCCGCCCCGGCUGCGCCCGAGGACAGCGUCAGCCUGGCGGAGCAGAUCUCCGGAGUGGUCAAGCAGCCGGCCUUCAUCGCCGGCAUCGGCGGGGCAUGCUGGGUAAUCCUCAUGGGCUUCAGCGUGUGGAUCUACUGCCGCCGCAAGAAGAGGAAGGAGCUGAGCCACUACGCCGCCUCCUUCGCCUAUACCCCUGCAGUUGGAUUUUCUCAAGGUGAAGGACUGGGUCUUAUUAACGGAAGACCUGGCAUCCUGGGCACCAAUAUGGGCAACUACCCCUGGCUGGCCGACUCCUGGCCCACCACCAACCUAGUCCACGGCGGCAAGGACUCCAUCAACUGCUGCACCGCCAAGCACAACUCAACAGAGAGAUACUACAACGAAGUGGGAAUAUCCAACUACCUGAGCCAGACGGAGAAGUACAGCCAGGGUUCUACAGAGGGCCCCAUCUACAGCACCAUCGACCCGGCUUGUGAGGACAUGCACCCCUUCGCCCCGCCCUACUCCCACCCCGUGCCCUACGCCAGCACGCCGGUCCUGCCCUACCCCAGCCUGGCCCCUGACAGCCCGGGGCCCGAGGGCGACCACUGGACCACCCACCCCGGACCGUCCGGGGUCCAGUACGCGCAACCGGACCGUGCCAGGACCGAAAACGGGAAGCCUCUGAAGCAGAGGUCCAUGGGAAAGGCGGUGAAGACGCCGUCGCUGAACUGGACCGAGGCUCUGCCCCCGCAGGGCGAGGACCACUGCUACGAGGAAGCGGGAGAGGAGGGCGACAUGGGCUCAGACAGAGAGGAGGAGUGGUGCCCGCCCUUGCCAGAGAGGACGUACCUCAUGGACGGCACGCUGGAGGAGCUGAGAGGAGGGUGCUCCUCCCCCGCCCCCUCCUACAGCCACCAAUCCACCGCCACGCUCACGCCCUCCCCCCCCGCCCCGUCCUACAGCCACCAAUCCAGCGCCGCGCUCACGCCCUCCCCCCGCGAGGAGGGGCGGGGCCCGGGGGGCACACCACGCCCCCACCACCUCGACACGGCCCACCUGCCGCGGAGAGGACCCUGCCCCCACGACCCCAACCUGUCGUCCAAUAGCGACGCCCCAGAGGUCAGCGCACCACACCACUCCAGCCACCGGCAGGAUGCGAGCCAGGGGGCAGCACUGAGCACAGAGAACAUGACCGCCUCUGGGCCCGGCCGAUCCCGUCCCCUCCCGCACGACGGCCCCCACACGCCACAGGUCCACAAGUCCAGGGCCAAAAAGAAGGGCUCCAAGGCUGGCCAGUACCGACGAGACCAGCUGGCCCAAGGAGACCUCCCCCCGCCCCCGGUACCUCCUCCUGCAGACGAGCGGCUCCUAGAGAGCGUCCUCCACUGCGGGCAGGCUUCGCUGGACGGCGAGGGGACCCCUCUCUCGUCUAUGGAGAGGAGAGGGGAGCAGAGCGCCCCCUACAGGAGGGGGCAGGCACCGCGGCACAUAGAAGAAGAAGACAUAAUCCCGUACUGCAAACCCGGCUUCCUCUCCAGGUGUCAAAUGUCAAGCAACUGCUCCACGACAGGAAGUGUGUCGUCGCGCGGGUCCACGGGAUCCCGGGAACACGGGGCGGGCAGGAAGAGGAGCGAGGAAAUGAGAUAAGUGGAACCAGAUGAUCAGUCAACGCUCUGAGCCUUUCUGUGUAGUAUCUUUUUUUUUACUUCUGGCUUUCUGUGACUGAAGACUUCCAACACGAGAAGAAGAGUGUACAGAAUCAUCGUCUGCCUGUCAAGCCCAAAUGAUGAACUGAAAGGAUUAUUUCAAAUUCCUGACUUGUGUACAUAUGAUCUCCUACCUCCAUGUGUAUAUAGCCAUCUUUAUACAUUUUUAUGUGGGUGCUGCAGAAGAAAGAGAAUAUAUUGUAUUUAUAUGAAAGCAAGUAAAAGAAAAAAAAAAAGGCAAAUUGUGAGCUAUUGCUAAGUUCUGUUUGAAUGUGCCAAUUUUCUGUCAAAAUGUAUACCCUUGAGAACCACAAAUACAAUUGCACUUUUGUGAGAUGAAUGACAACAACAAAAAAAAGCACAAUCUGUAUUAACCAGCCUGUCCAAAACAUACUCCUUCACCGACCUCCAUCUUUGCCAUUGGAUCGUAUCUGCGGUCCAAUCAGAAUGUUGCUUUUUGUGUUGUGUUAUGUUUUUUUUUGUUUUUUUUCUCCAAGAACGCUUGUGAUAAGAUGGCCAUUUGGAAGAAACUGUCAUUUCGAAGAAGUUUGUCUGAAAUAGUGCAAAAAAAAAAAAAGUGAUGUGUUCUGUUCAAACUCCAAAAUGAUCCUUUAUUCUGUUGACUGAAUUUUGGUAUUCGUAUUGUUUUGUAAAAAUGCAAUAAAAUAUGUUUGUUAAACAAU